UCCAAAAGCAGGAAAGCAUCAUAUAAGGUCUGCAUCAUCUCCACCAUGAAGUUGCUGACUGUGUCUGUACUCGUUUGUUCCAUGAUGGCUCUGGCUGGAGCUGCUGCUCUUCAAGAAGCAGAGAAAGACAAGGAGACAGAGGCAAUAAUUCAAGAAGAGGAGCAUCGUAUUGACAAGAGGUCAACAUCUUGUCCCUCCUACUGGACUGAGUACAACGGCCGCUGUUUCCUCUUCAUUCCUCGAACCUUGACCUGGGCUCAAGCUGAGAAAAACUGCCAGUCCAAGGGUGCACACCUUGCAUCGAUUCAUGGAACUCGGGAGUACAACGAGAUUAAGAGGAUAAUAUCAGAUAGAACUCAUGGGUAUCCUGAGACAUGGAUUGGAGGCUCUGACAGCCAAGAGGAGGGUGUUUGGCUCUGGAGUGAUGGCACACCUUUCGCCUUCUCAUACUGGUGCAGAGGAGAGCCUAAUAACUACUGGAACCAGGACUGUCUUCAGAUGAACUACUCAGGUAACAAUUGCUGGGAUGAUUUAUGGUGUGAUGCUCGCCGGCCAUCAGUCUGUGCCAAGAAAAUCUGAUGAUUCCUGAGCAGAUAAGAGAGGCAUGAAAUACCUGUGAAAAGCACAAACAUUAGUGGAUAUGUGUUUGUGUUUAUUGUCACAAGUUAAUGUGUCAUUUUAUCAUCAGUCUCAUAUAUAACCUAGCAGCUUUAUAAAUCAUUUUUCAUCUUUCUUUCUAUCUUGCUAUCACUGUAAAGCUACUUAAGGAAGGAAGCAACAAGUGACACAAACGGGAGCUGGAUUGUCUUUUAGGUCUUGUGCCAAACUGAAUGUGUUAUGAAAAGAAUGCUUUUUCUUACUCUGGAGAUUGAACUGUUCUGUCUCAUAUUGUGCAAAUUAAAGACGCAAGCAUGAAACAAGCUGGUUUGUAAUUCUAUU